AUGGAGGAACCAAGAAAGGAGGAACUUUAUUAUUUUGCGCUUAAAGACAAGAAUGAGCAGUUGAAAAGGGGUAGGAUACAUUCGGAGGAGAAAAAGAUACAGUUGAGAGAAGCCAGGAUACAGAUGAAAGAGGAUGCCAUGAAGAAAGAAAAGUGGGAAGGUGAUGAGAUAAAAUUUAAGAAUAUAAGAGAAGAACAAGAAAAGAUAAUUGGUGAAGAAAGAGAUAGAAUAGAAAGACGAAGACGUAUGCUUAAGAAAUAUAAGGAUAUCAAAUGGUAUGAGGAAUGUGAAAGUCAUGCGAGAGCAAGUGAAAGUGGCUUGAAUACGUCUACCGAUGGCCAACUGGAAAGAUAUGUUAAUGAUAGAUACAGUAAAGCGAGCAUAGAUUACUCUGACCCAACUAUAACAAAACAUAUUGGAGAAAUUGAAGCUUUCGUGGAUAAGAUUACAGAUGCCCUGGGUGACAAAUACCCUGUCCUUAGAGUAAGGAAGAGAUCGAACCGAGGUAGCAUGUACAAUCAAACAAAAGUCUAUCCCCCCGACGAGGUCGACUUUGUUUUGAUUCCUGAUAUAUCUUAUGAUAAAUCUAAAGUCAAAGUCGAAGACACAUCAAAGUCUUACAACACUAACAGUGGCAUUGUUAGCAUAACCGAUCAAGAUAUUGUGGAUAAACUAAAUGGUGUUAAGAAUGGUAGGCCUAUCACGUUUAAGAAGGGGGACAAUAUAAGAAGGAAGGAUUUCGUUAAACUGUUGGUAUAUGCAACAAAAGAGUGCAUCUCUCAAUGGGAAAAUGUCUGGACAGUGGAAGAGCAUGGCCCGGCUGUUUGUGUUCUGGCCAGGAUGCCUCUGUGUUGGGUGUCUAUAGAUCUUUGUUUCUGCUUUGAGGAAUCGAAGACUGAGCGAGGGAGACAUGUUCUAGUGCCAAUUGAACCAUCUAUUACAUCUGGUGAUCGCACCAGGUUUAGGGAGGACCGUUGGACAUUAUCAGUGUGUGAUAUACCACCAGACAGCACUCGAGUCCAACUAAACGAACUACAUAGGAAGCUACUGGUUGUCCUUAAAUCUAUAUUUCAAACUGGGAGCCAGUUCUUGCUACAAUGUCAUACUCCAAGCUCGCAUAUAUUGAUCACAUUUGUUGAGACGCAUCAGAUGAAAUGUGUUGAGAAACAAGGGAUGCAAAAUAUUGUAAAGUGCUUUAGAGAGGUGAUCGAGGAUAUCAUGAACAUCGCGAAAUCAGCUCUUAACAGAAAACUCCCAGAUAUUGACUUCCGUCGAGUGAAUGGGGGAAGCUCUAGGCAGGUGAAUGUAGUAACUUCCUGGAGCAGAACUUUCAUCAAGAAUGUCAUUAGUACUUGUCUCCAAAAACACUUACUGAAUGAUAUAAAGGAUUGGAAAAUGGAAAGUAAAGCGCAUUCUGUUAGUGUACAAGAAGCAACAAGAGAAGUCUCCAAUCAGUGAUCAACAUCACAAGUGGU